CAUCUUUGGAUUUUGUUUAAAGUUUAACCCUCAGAUUAAGGCAAACCUUAGAUAACUGCAGCUAUGUGAGUGUCUCGCGGUACUGGAGCGGAAUUGUCGCGCGGAGAAACACAGGAAUCUAAUUACAAAUAAUGACGAUACAGCGGACAUACGGCUUAUAACCCUUUCUCUGCCCCAGAUGCCUCCACUCCCUCUUGACGAGCGCAUAGUGGUUAUUCAGCGGCCCAAAAGUUUGGCCUUGCGCGUGGCCUCCCCUCCGACCACUUCGCAGUCUUCGUCACACCGCUCUGCCACUCACAAUAAGCCCACACCCCACUCAUUACAACCCCCUCCUCCACAACCCCAUCCAGGCUCUAACUUCCUUUCUUUGGAAUGCAGUCGCAGGCAAUCAUCCCAUGUUCAAAGAGAUAAAGAAGAGAGAAGCGCCCUCUUUGAGGGCAGCGGCAACAAUACUAGCCAUUGUCACAGCAAUGGGACUGUAACUUUGGGUCCCAGACUUCACAAGCACACUCAUAACAUUGACAUUAAAGUGUCUGUGGACAAAGGUGGAAGAGGAGGGUUGUAUUUCGACAAGGGCCGCAGUAGCAGUCUUACCCGAAGUGGAAGCAUUAAGGGGAACAAAACUAAAAAGGUGUCCCUGCACUUGUAUCCUGGACAAGGUGACUGGAAAUGCAAAGGGAAGUCUUCCGAGUUAGUGGAGAAGCACCAGAACCAUCAUCAGAAUCAAAAUUGGACUCAGCACAGUAACCAUCAUCAGAACCAACUUACAGUAUCUCCUGGUGGGAUCUUGGAAUUUGUACCUGCUCAGAGACGGCAGUCAAAACCCAAGCCAGUAAGAGAGAGAGACUUGCCAUCAAAUUAUUGCUCUGCAACUCCCAGCUACCCCUCCCACUGUGAAAGAGACGUAUCAUCUGUAGGAAACAAAGAAAACUCCAAACUGGGACCCGGCCACCAACUGCCCCACGCCCACAGCCUAUCCCGUCACCACAGUUCAGCCCCAUUACCGCAUGCUGCCAUCCUAAACCCUCACUACACUGGUGUUCCACCCUCACUCCCAUCCCAGCCCCCAACCUCCUACAAGCACAUCAGUCAUCCCCGGCCCUCUCCCACUAAAGAACAUCGGCCCCAAAUUUUUCACGCUUUGCCUCUCUCGCCAACUUCCUCCAGAGGAGGCUUCCCUAGUCCAGACCACACUUGUACCAUUGACUUUUCCCACCCUUGUGGCUGUUGGAGGCUAGUGCGUUGUAGAAGAGGGAGAGAUCACUCAGCUGGCUGCCACGGACAUAGUACGAGCCCAUCCUCUUCAUUUUCCCACAGGCAAGGAACAAGUGCUGCCAACGGAGGAGGUGGAACCAUGGGACUAAAGACUCUAGGAGGGUGUCUUUCUACUGCAUCCACCACUAACACCUCCUCUUCCAACAGCACUGUCUCAGACUGUCGCACAGGGUUGCUCAGACCUUUGGGUUGUGCAUCUUGUUCUGGAGAAGCUGGAGGUUUUGAAAGCCCUGCUGCUUUCCAUAAGAAACUGGUUGGUGGUUGUCUUCCCUGUGCUCCCCUUUCCUCAUCCGCCCCUCUUAGGGCACUCCAGAGUUGCGUCAGUGGCUGCAAUCCCAAAGCAAGCCAAACUGGCAGCUCCACAUGCAGCUAUUGCAGUAGUGACCCCAUUGUAGUGACUUUUAACCCGCACAGAGGGAAUCCUCCCAACAUAAGCUGUAAUAUUGGUGGACGUACCAUGGGACGAUACCAGCCUGAUGAUGAUGACUUCAGUGUACGCACAAUCUGGCCAGAGGAGCUAGCAAAGAAGAUGACUCGCUCUAAAACCCAACCUAACCACCACAGUGCAGGGACUGGGAUGGGCUCAGGUAGGGCCUGCAUGGGCCAAAAUCAGAGUACUGGCAAUGGCAAAAACCCUGUAAUUCUUGACUGCCGGAACCUCAUGGAAUUAACUCAUUCUCACUUGACAGAUCAGGCAGGACGACGGAGGCUCCAGCAAGGCAAGAUGGCAGUGUUGGACUUCAUCGGAUCAGGGAACAGUGGGGACCAGGGAAGAGAUUCCCUCAAGAGGCUUUGGAACAAAGGGGGAGAUGCUUGCAUGGGGGAUGGCGAUGGGUUUGAUGACGACAUACUUCCGCAAUCCCCGUCCCUGCGCUCUCCCUCACCGGAUUCCCCUCCCUCUUUCUCCCCUCCACCUUCUGCCCCCAGUACCCUCAUUAAGCCCAAACCCAAACAGAGAGAGAGGGAGGGUGGACACACCUUACCUUCUGCUCAAUCACUCCACUUGGUCCUCAACUCGCUCAACCGAGAACAAGAUGUGGAAAAUGGUCGAGUGCACCUCUCUCUUCCACUCUCCUCCUCCCUUCCAGCGUCACUAUCUGAAGAGAGUGUGAUGACCCCGGAUGUGGAGAAUGCUGUGAUCAGUGCCAUUCUUCCUUUCCUUUUCCUUGGCAAUGAAAGAGAUGCACAAGAUUUAGAUCUACUGCUUCGGCUUAACAUUGGUUAUGUGGUCAAUGUCACCACCCAUCUUCCCCUCUACCACCUGGACACCGGCUUGGUGCGCUACAAAAGGCUCCCAGCUACUGACAACAGCAAACAGAACCUGCGGCAGUACUUCGAGGAGGUUUUUGAGUUUAUCGAGGAAGCUCACCAGUAUGGACGGGGUGUUCUUGUGCACUGCCAAGCAGGAGUGUCCCGCUCAGCGACUAUUGUCAUUGCUUACCUGAUGAAGCACACCCUCAUGACCAUGACCGAUGCUUAUAAAUAUGUGCGUGGUCGCCGGCCAGUAGUUUCCCCCAACCUUAACUUUAUGGGCCAGUUGCUAGAGUUCGAGAGGGACCUCAACUCUGGGGUAACACCUCGGAUCCUCACCCCCAAACUGAGUGGCGUAGAAACACAAGUUUAAUAGAUUCAGGCUGAAGGCUGGAGAAGAGAACAGUAACAGAGAGAGAGAUGGAAGAUGAAAUUAAAGGGCUAGUUCAAUCAGUAAUGGAAAUUCUGUCAUCAUUUACUCACUCAUGCUAUUUUACGACCUGUAUGACUUUCUAUUUCUUGUUAAACACAAGAGGAGAAUGACAUCUCUUUUGGUGUUCCACGAAAGUAAGUCAGGUGGGUUUGGAACAACAUGAGGGUGAGUAAAUUAUAGCAGAAUGUUCAUUUUUGGUGAAUUAUCCUUUUAGUGAAAUGGAUGUAUGGAACAAGGGUAAGAUUAUGAGUGAGACUGGAGGAUUUUAGAGAGUGCUGAUGGAAAUAAAGAGAAAUAGGCGGCAGGCAUUAAGAAAUAGAAAGAACAUAGCAUUGAUCUAUUAAAAAUGUGAUACCUCCACUCGAGUCUUUAUAUUUCAUUAAAAAUAGCGCUUAUAUGACAGCUGGUUUAGCAAAUGGAUGUUUGUACUACCCACUCUUACCCCGAUACCCUGUAAAUGAUGUGCCAUGCUUUAUUAUAAAAAAAUAGUGACCUAGUAAUGAAUCCAUCACUGCUCAAUUUACUUAAAUUGUUAUUAUAUUAAUGCUAAUAUCAAUCUUUGUUUAAAAAAGUAAUGGGGUAAAACAAACACAAUCAAGAACAGACAUGGUGGCUGUCAAGCACAGGAAAAGAUGCAAUCUCAUGUGAGAUGCAAUCUCUUAGAACUGUGACAUACAUCACAUUCAAGACCCAAGAGCUGUAGCAAACUUCAAACUCCUUUUCCACUGUGCAAAGCACUUUUAUAGUCAGAUUAUCUUUGAGAUAGUUUCUUGGCAUGUUUUUAUGAGUUACCUUUAGCUGUCACCUGCCAGCUAUUUAUACAUUUCUCCACUUACAUGAAGAUUUAUUUUGCUUUUGAAAUGUUUUCGAUACUGCUAUUUUUGUUACUCGAUUUUAGAUUUUGAAUCUUUUAUCCGAGUGUCUUUGUGUGGGAGGUGUGCAAUAUAGCCUGAUGCUGAUGUGGACAUGGAACUUAUUUAAAUUAUUUGCGGUAGGACACUGUUCCAAUACUGACAUUGUUUUCAUGGGACAUGAACCAGCCUUUCAAAAGGCAGAUCCAAAGGCAGAAAAUCAUUUGGUUAUUUAUUUUUUCUUUAUUUGCUUAUGAUAUUGGAUAGAGAUCAAAUUAUAUAAAACACUGUGUAAU